AUGUGGAUUCAAGUGCGAACUAUGGAUGGCAAAGAAACCCACCGGGUGGAUUCGCUGUCCAAACUAACGAAGGUGGACGAGCUUCGGCUGAAGAUUUCGGAGCUCUUCAAAGUGGAGCAGGAUAGAAUGAGGCUGUUCUAUCGUGGCAAGCAGAUGGAGAACGGGCACACAAUAUUUGACUACAACGUGGGCCUUAACGACAUAGUGCAGUUGCUUAUUAGACAGAACGCUCCCCAUAUUGAAGUUCCCAAAAACAAGGACAAAGAUGCCGAGCUUUCGGACUCUGAUUCUGGCUGCGGCUCAACCCAGAGUGAGUCUGACAAGAGUUCGACCCAUGGAGAGAUGGAGGUUCAGACUCCUGGUACAUCCUCCCAAACAAACAACCCACAGCUACUGGAUCGUGGAUUUGGAUUUUACAAGGUGAAUGAAAUGGUGGAUGCGAGGGACUUGAAUAUGGGGGCGUGGUUUGAAGCUCAGAUUGUGGAUGUCACCAAGAGCCCCAAAACCCCUAAAGUGGAUCUGGAGGAUGAGUCAGAGCAUGAACAAGAGGAGAUUCUGUACCACGUGAAAUUUGAUGAUUACCCGGAGAACGGAGUGAUCCAGCUUCUGGCUAAGGAUGUUCGACCAAGGGCCCGGACUGUGUACCAGUGGGACCAGCUGGAGCCUGGUAUGAUCGCUAUGGUCAACUACAACCCAGAUGACCCCAAGGAGCGUGGCUACUGGUAUGAUGCUGAGAUCCAGAGGAAAAGGGAAACGCGCACCCUGCGAGAGAUUUAUGCUAAGAUUAUUCUAGGGGAGGCAGGCGACUCCCUCAAUGACUGCCGGAUCCUGUUUGUAACUGAAAUUUAUAAAAUUGAGGAGCCCGGGUCUCAAAGUGAUACACCUGCAGGAUCUGAGAGCCCAAUGAAACAAUACAUUUGUCUUCCAGGAUCAAAUGGACCAGAGUGCAAGCACUGCAAAGAUGAUCCUGAUAAAAACUGCCGCUGGUGUAACUGCAAUGUUUGCGGCAUCAAGCAGGAUCCUGACAAACAGCUUUUAUGUGAUGAAUGCGACCAGGCUUAUCACAUAUACUGCCUGAACCCACCACUAACCUCCAUCCCAGAGGAUGAAGACUGGUAUUGCCCGAAUUGUCGCAAUGAUUCAAAUGAGGUGGUGCGUGCUGGGGAAAAGCUGAAGGAGAGUAAGAAAAAAGCAAAGAUGGCCUCUGCUACCUGUUCAAGCCAGAGGGAUUGGGGCAAGGGAAUGGCCUGUGUUGGUCGAACGAAGCAGUGUACCAUUGUCCCUUCAAACCACUAUGGCCCAAUCCCUGGUGUUCCCGUUGGCUCAUUGUGGAAGUUCAGAGUGCAGGUCAGUGAGUCUGGCGUCCACAGGCCACAAGUAGCUGGGAUACAUGGCAGGAGCAAUGAAGGUGCCUUCUCUUUGGUCUUGGCAGGAGGCUAUGAGGAUGAUGUGGAUGACGGGAAUGAGUUUACUUACACUGGUUCUGGGGGACGAGACCUUUCUGGGAACAAGAGGACUGCAGAGCAGUCAUGUGAUCAGACACUUACAAACAUGAACCGUGCACUUGCUCUCAACUGCAAUGUUCCUGUCAAUGACAAGAAUGGUGCUCAGGCAAAGAACUGGAAGGAUGGAAAGCCAGUCAGAGUGGUUCGUAACUGCAAGGGUCGCAAGCACAGUAAAUACGCCCCCGAGGAAGGAAACAGAUAUGAUGGGAUAUACAAGAUUGUUAAGUACUGGCCAGCCAAAGGCAAAUCUGGCUUCUUGGUAUGGCGCUACCUCCUGAGGCGGGAUGACGAUGAGCCAGCACCAUGGACCAGAGACGGCAAGGAACGGAUCAAAAAGCUUGGUCUUGUGAUACAGUAUCCUGCUGGUUAUCAGAAGGAGAAGGAGAACAAAAAUGAAGUUGAAGAGGAGGAGACGCCCAGCAAGGCAAAGCGGAAGAGACGAUCUCAGGGCAACUCCACCAAGAACUCACCAGCCAAGAGUCCCAAGAAAGUGAAGGUGGAAGUUUACAAGCUGUCAGGAGAGCAGAAGGCACUCAUCAAAGAUGACACUCAAAACAAGAAAGUGUGGGAUGAAGCCAUGGAGUCGCUUUCACUUGGCCCGAAAUUUCUGAACAAAGUUGAAGAGGUUUUCCUUUGCAUUUGCUGUCAAGAAGUGGUCUAUCAGCCCAUAACCACUGAGUGCCAACACAAUGUGUGCAAGGAAUGCCUUCAGCGUUCUUUCAAAGCAGACGUGUACACCUGCCCGGCCUGCAGACAUGACUUAGGCAAAAACUACUCCAUGGCUGUCAACAAGCCGCUGCAAGAGAUCCUAAAUCAGUUUUUCCCAGGUUACAGCAAUGGUAGAUGA